AUGACUUCAUCCAUCACGCCGCAAGACGUCGCCCAGCCGCUUACAGACUUCACACUGAUCGGCCACAACACCUACCUCUGGACUUCUAAAUCCUACACGCCGCCCUCCUCCCCCCUCAUCCUCCUCUUCGCCUGGAACGCCGCAGCCGCACGCCACAUAGCCAAAUACACAAUCUCAUACCAGCGACUCUUCCCCACGUCCCAAAUCCUGCUCAUCCGGUGCUACACCUCAGACAUGUUCACGCGCAGCGCGCGCUACGCCUAUCUCCUAGCACCCGCACUGGACGUCACGCACGCGCACGUCUCAGCCAGGGGCGAGGUGCUGGUGCACAGUUUUUCCAACGGUGGGGGGAACCAGGUGAAUGAGUUUGCCAAGGCGUGGAAGAGCGCGUAUGGUGCGUGUCUGCCUAUGCGGUGCCAGAUUAUGGAUUCCAGUCCAACCAAGGGGCCGUGGAUGAAGAGUUAUGCUGCGAUAACUGCGGGGCUGCCGAGAUCGGUGUUCUGGAGGUGGUUUGGGGGCGUGCUGGUGCAUUUUUUGCUGUUGUGCACGUUCUUGGUCAAUGUGAUUAGAGGGCGGGAGAACAAGAUGGUGGUGUUGUGUCGUGAGAUGAAUGACGAGGGCAUUUUUGAUAAGAGUGUGCCGAGGCUGUACUUGUAUAGUCGCGUGGAUCAGAUGGUUGGGUGUGAGGAGGUGGAGGAGCAUGCUGCAAUUGCGAGGGGGAAGGGGUGGGAUGUGACCAUGGUGAGGUUCGAGCGGAGUGCGCAUUGUGGGCAUAUUAGGGAAGACGAGGAGAAAUAUUGGGACGCUAUUCUGCAGGCUUGGAAGUCUGGUAAGAGUGGACGAAUGUUGCAUUGA